GCGCUGCUGAGACAGGCAGAGCACAGUGUACCGGCGGCGCGCGCUCACAGACUCCCUCUCAGCCACACACACAUACGCACACACACACACUCCCCAAACAAAGAGAAGCACGCGAGGCAGCACAGCAUCCCACCCUUUCAGCCGCGAGCUCACUUGCAGAACCGCCCCCCCUUUAACCACCCCUCUUUAUCGGAACCGGUCCGGACCGAGAGCUCGAGCUCACAGAGACACAAUGACAACCAACGGCGCCACUAACGGAACCAGCGACAUGCUGCAGAUCCAGUUCGGUCUGAUCAACUGCGGGAACAAGUACCUCACGGCGGAGACCUUCGGCUUCAAGAUCAACGCCUCCGCCACCAGCAUGAAGAAGAAGCAGAUCUGGACCCUGGAGCAGAGCGGGGACGAGUCCAACGGGAACGUCUUCUGCCUCAAGUCACAUCUGGGCCGGUACAUCGCCGCCGACAAGGACGGGAACGUCACCGGGGACAGUGAGACCCCAGGCCCGGAGUGCCGGUUCAUCAUCACCGCCCACGAUGACGGCCGCUGGUCCCUGCAGUCCGAGCAGCACGGACGCUACCUGGGCGGCACCGAGGACCGGAUCAUCUGCUUCGCCCAGACUGCCUCUGUGGCGGAGAAAUGGAGCGUGCACAUCGCCAUGCACCCGCAGGUCAACAUCUUCAGCAUGACCCGCAAGAGGUACGCGCACCUGAGCUCCAAGGUGGACGAGAUCGCCAUCGACCGGGACGUCCCGUGGGGGGUGGACUCCAUGAUCACGCUGGUGUUCCGCGAGCAGCGCUACCACCUGCAGACCUCCGACAACCGCUUCCUGAGGAACGAUGGCGCGCUGGUCGCCACCACGGACAAGAGCACGGGCUACACGCUGGAGUUCCGCUCCGGUAAGGUGGCCUUCAGGGACUGUAGCGGCAAGUACCUGGCGCCAUCCGGGCCCUCUGGUACCAUGAAGUCUGGUAAGAGCGCCCGCGUGGGAAAGGACGAACUGUUCGUGCUGGAGCAGAGCCACCCGCAGGUCGUGCUAACCGCUGCCAACGACAGGAACGUCUCCACCCGGCAAGGUGGGUGUGGUGGUCCACAGUGUGUUCAUGUGCGUGUGUGUCUGAGUGCAUGUGUGUGUGUUGGUAUCUCAUCCUCUGGCAGAGCAAGGGUUAAAGUGAUGGAAUGUCAGGCUGCAUCCCCCCCCUGCAGCACACACACACACACACACACACACACACACACACACACACACACACACACACACACACACUUUUUGCAUCCUUAUUUGCAACAAACACUUAAUGCUUCUCUGAGUUUUCAUAUUUGCAUCCACGUCUGAUAUGAAAAUGACUCAAUAUACUAAAGUGCAGGACAGUCACAUUAGAGCGUGCACACACACAUUCACACACACUAAAGGCUUAAUCCCUGACAUUUUAAAUCCUCCAUGCACCAUCCCGCCUGUGAAGAGUAGAAAGUGAAGCUCAUAAAGCUUUUUCUGAGGUUGCUCCAUGUUCAUUAGCUGUCAGUGUUUUACAGACUGUUGGCAAAGACAGAGUGUAACCGAGAAGAGCACAGAGUCCUGGGCCUUGUUGAACACACCAUGUGCACGUGUGCCAUCAUUGAAAUGUAAAACAGCUUCGAACUGGCGAGAGGCUGAAGAGGCACAAAGCAGAACAGCUCCACAGUUAGAGGGGAGGGAACCAGAUCAACAGCUAACCUUACAAAGAAAACUGGCUGAAUGGAGUUUUUAACAGGACAAAUUAGGCAGCCACCUUUAGAGCACAGAAAUUAACAUGAUGCACAAGAGGCAUAAACCGCACUUCCCAGAACACCCACUAGGGCCUUCUUCCUAAAAUGACUCUACCCCCUUAACGCUCCAUGUCGAAAUACAGAAACCCCUUUCCCCCCCUAUGAGGGUUGCCAACUCCUCAGUAAGGAAAUCCGCUAGUGGCUGUUGUAAAAGUUGUGAGAAGUCGCUAUAUGAUGUCACCGCCUAAUUUGCAUAAAUUCUCCGUCAAACUCACUGUCGCCACCAGACCCCCCACCCCUGGGAGGAGGAGGAGGAGAAGUUUUCUGCAAGGUGUCUGUGUUUUUGAUGUACACUGGCUAUCCGUUGAGAAGAGUAACAUCUAUUUCUGCGUUUAUGUCGGAGUCUUUAAACUCUAGAAAAAGUUGCUAGAUUUGUUGCUAGGCGCUUUUUUGAAAAUAAGUCGCUAGGGGGGAUCUGAAAAGUCGCUAAAUCUAGCGACAAAGUUGCUAGGUUGGCAACACUGUACCUAUGAGGGCUGUCAAUUUCGAAAAGAAGUUCAAACUAUAAUCCAACAUGACAUGCAAAUGUUCAGAGCCCAUGUGUCUGCUUUGUGUCUGUUUUCUUCAAUUCGCUGGAUGCCGCUUUCACUGAGCUCAUUGAAUGUUUACAAUCCCACACUAGAUUCAGCUCUUUUAUUCUUCUUUCUUUCUAUUUUCUCUGCUGGUGACUGACAAUGACAUGGCAACGGCCUCUAUGUUCAACUCAAGGCAUCAUGAUAGCUAUGCUAAUUGUGUCUGACCUGAGUCUUCUUUAUCAUUUAACUAACUGUCUGAAACUUUUGUUGUCAACCACAGAAAAAUAUUUGUGAGUCUUUUUAAUCAGUGAUAAAUCUCAUGAGCUCUGGCGCUGACUCUUUUGGUUUGGCUGUAUGAUUUUCCUUUGAUCUUCUCAAAUAUUUUUAAGAUUAUGAUUUCUUCGAUGGCUCCUCCAAUUACUUGUAGUCCUAUUACUUGAUUUUUGUUCAUCCGUCACCUUAUCUCCUUUCUUAUUUCAUGGCACAGUGAAAAAAACACUUUCAUGACAGAUUCAAAAGCCGGUGGAGCAUCCAAAAUGUCAAAAGUUGUUGCUUAUGCUUUGGCAAAGACCAGAAUGCAAAAGUGGUUGAUGGUUCCUGUCGUUCUCACUUCCCUCCUCUCUGAUCCACUCUGGCUAAAACAUUAAUUGAGUAAAGUGUUAGUUCAGGCAGAACACAAAAGUCAAUAUCUAGUUGAUGCUAAUUCCAGCCCUUAUCCGUCGUAUACAUUAUCAUUGUUCUGUUCUGAUUUGCUGAUGCUCUCCCUGCCUUGGCUUUUCAUAUAUGCGCAUUAAAUCGAGAAGGUGUGUUCAGGUUUGUCAUUGCUUGUAUGAUCAUGGAAGGGCAGGGAGCUAUUAUGCUGUGUUCGAGUUACCUCGGAAGUCAGAAGUCCGAGCUGAAAAUGACGACACACCUGAGUUACCAGUGUUUUUAGUUACCAAGUCAGAAAAAAGCAAAAUCGGAGGUGAAACCAAGUUGGCUACAUCUACAAAAGUUAUUUUAGAACUUGUCUAGUCUUUGCUUAUAUUCGGACAAGGCAAGCGCUAAAAUAACAUUUGUAAGUGUAACCAUCUUGUUUCCGCCUCCGAUUUUGCUAUUUUCCGACUUGGUAGCAAAAAACGCUGGUAACUUGGAUGAGACGUCAUUUUCAGCUCCAACAUCAUCCUUCCCAUGUAACUUGAACACAGCAUCAGAACAGAGCCAUACCACCAAAUAGAGCUACUGCAUUUCAAGUUAUCAAUCUUUUUGAUGAAACUACACCUUUUACAAAGAGGACCUGUCAUUCCAUACCUUUCAUAGGCUGUCACUGUUCUUUGCUUUUAGUUAUAAAGUUUUUGUAAAAUGCAAAACACCGGUAAGCAGCAUAAACACUAAGACACUAUCGCCUGCAUUCAAAUCAAAUAACGCUGAAGUCAUGGUACUUCACCCUGGGUCUAGUUCCUGCUACAGAUGGAUGAACAACCUGGGCAGAAAGAACCCUUUAUGUUUCUUUUUAUGGACAGGAUAUUAGUGUCGUAUACCGGCCUUUAUUAGGCACAUGUUUUUUGUGUGGUAUUUUAGGUAAUGUUGUGCAUGUGUGUCUGGUCUUCAGCUGUACAAAUGGGCAGAGAAACAAGCACUUCCCUUCCCUCGUCUUUCCACCCUCUCUAUGCUAUCACCUCCUUUCACCUCCUCACUCAGUUCUCCGCCACUUCUCUCCAAUUUUUCCUUUUUUGCAUCUUUCAUGCUUUCAUUUCCUUCUGCCUUAUCCUUUUUCCAUCCUCCCUCCGCUGCCUCCUCUCCUCACCCCCUCCCCCACUCCUCCCAAAGCUUGGCUUCAUAUGUGUUUGUCUGAGGUCAUGAUCAGCGCCGUCUCUCCUGUCGAUGGCGUCUCGAUGGAUCAUGAGUCACUCUGUUUCACCAAGAGUUAAAUCCUCUAAACGUUCAUGAAUAAAAGCGCUGUAGGAACCUCUUUGACUCAGCAUGAAAAAAAAAACGCCUGAGAAAGCAGUGAGACUGUGGCGAUGACUGUCUGCUGUAAUGAACGAUAGAAAUAUUUUAAUUAAUGCUUUUUAAAUCUAUAUUUAGCCUCUGGUUAGUGGUGCAUCUGUUGAAAGUACCGUGCGGUUUGGUGGUUUUUCCUCCCCAUUUCAGAAAGUAUGGUCUGUCCAUUCUUUCAUUUUGCACUCCUGUCUCUAAGUCACACAAAGACCUGGUUUGUUUGGUCUCUCUGUUUGGUUUACUUGUCUCGGGGAUAUUUAUCCACUUUUCUUCGGACUUCAAAUACAGGACAAUUUGAGGUCGAGGUUGGACAUAAACAGUCAUGACAUGAAGCGUUACAUAAACUCCUCCAUUUUUAAACUGACCUGAUACAUUUGGUGUCCUCAGUCAGGAGAGCACAGAUUAAAAAUUUAAUCCCACAUUGUAUAAGAGUCAUUUCUGCCUGUGAAACUGAAUCAGAUUAUAUGUUUUGGUUCUGAAGGGUUAAGCUGCUUUAAUGCUGCAGAGACAGUCUGCUAAUGUUGUAAUUAUGUUGUUCCAAAACAAUUAAAUCACAGAAUUUAAUCAGGAUUUAUUUCUGUGUACCAAAGAGAAACAACUUUUAUGACAAGUUUUAGCAUCUUAAAACAUCACAGCUUCAGUAGUUCAGUUUUAUCAACUAUCAGUACAAGGGAUUGGCUGCAGCUCUGAUACCAAUAACAAUUGUUGAUUCUGCUUAUCGAUCCAGUUAUUUAUCGAUUCCCUUAUUGAUUCCUGCAGAUUUCCUAUGAUUUAAAAAAAUCAGCCUAUUCAGGUUCUUGUUUAGUUUAUAACAUCUCCUGCUCUGCUCUUCUUAGAUGGGAAAAUAAAUCUUCAGUAGGAAGCUGUCGGUCUCACAAAGCCAGUGGAUUUUACAGUGAGUCAGCACAUCAUUCUGCUCUAUUUCUGGAGCUAAUAUUGUAAAAAUAACAAUAUCACGAGUUACGUAUAUAAUAGGUCUUGACUGUGAUUCUUUCUUUGACAACUUGGUUGUGUUCACCCUGACUGCAAAAAAGUUUUAGCAUCAAUGAUCUGAGAGGCUUUACUUAAAGAGAUAUCACAUGCCCUGUAAUGUGCCCAUGCCACAUGCACAAAAAAUAAUGCGGCCCUGGUGUCAUCUGCUCUGGGGUAUUUCAGGCCUGGGCCAAAGCUCUUGUGUGGGCUUUGAACUAACAAAAUGAAAUCAUUACAUCCCUUUAUUUGUCAAUGGAUCAUUUAUUUUACAUGGAAAAACUAUUAAUAAGAAAUCCUCCUCACAGUAUUGUCAGAAUGAGGAGCAGGAGGUCUAAAUCUUGACAUGAAACCCUCAUUCAGACCCUCAAACAGUGUCAUUGUGAUGUAUACUAAAUGUGGAAAGGAAAUAAACUGUCUCCAGAUGGUUUUCAGAGCGUACAGCUGCUCAUAGUUCCUCUCUGCAGCGACUCUCUCUGCCUGACAGACCUGAGCCAUGAUGGCAGCUGCAGUCAGCUGGCUUUCAUUAGCAGCAAGAGGUUUUAGACGUUAGGGUAAAAACCACAAGUGGGUCAGUCCAAAAGCCGCUUUGUCCAAUCCAAACUGUAGACUUUAUGACUCACUGUUCGUUCCCAAAAAUGUUUGAGAACAAAUCCAGUUUAGAGGCUCUCUGGUUAUCAAUGAGCCAAGAUAGAAAUCUGUACAACAUUUUGAGACAAGCCAAAAAGGAUUUUCGGUCAUUUUGACAUAUUUGUUCAUUUUUAUAGGUCACACCAGCCCCACGCUUUAGGUUAAGUUGUUGCUCUUAUUUGAUUGGAGAGAAAUGAGCUGCAUGUGAAGUCUGUCACUAGUGAAUCAGUUGCAUCUUUAAACUCCAACAAUUGUUGAAUAAUAUAGAGUCCUCAGAGGUGAUCCUAAAAAUGUGAAUGGAGCAUUGUGCUAGUUCAGGCAGGCCAUGGAGUCCAGCCUAGCCCACAGUUUAUGAGCUGUUCUCAACACAAGACAUAUCAGCUGACUUCUCAGCUGAUUACCUGCAACACAUCCAAUUGGCAAAUGUCAAAGUAGAUGUUCAGUUUUAACUGCCUUAGCCUGCCUGCUCUUCUCAAACCACUUUCCAAUCCACCACAGCCAAGUACCUUCUUUUUAUGCUGUGUUUAAUUCCACCAGAGUCAAAGGCAUCAUCGCUGAUACCUGCUCUGUGAGGCCCUUGCUGCUGCUCUCUCUGCUUUGGCUUUUCACAUUUAGGCACAAAAUGCAGGAGGUGUGCUAUCCUCAACGCAGACUUUGGCAUUCCUCAUAUGCUCAUGGAAGGGCAGAAAGCUCUCAAAACAGAGCCAUGGUUAAAAUAACAUUUCUGUUUUGUAGAGUUUUAUUCUUGCUUGGAGGGCCAUACGUAGUCUUGGUUAAAAAAAAUUAGUGCAUAAGUCACUUUACAUCUAAGCUCCCGUGCUUUCUGAACUCUUAGUUUGUGUCAAUUUUGGCGCCCCCUGUGGACAAAACAGUCUUUGCUUACGCUUUCCUUUGCAUACUUGGGUUGUGUCAUUUAUUCUGAAUAUUUCAUGCUGAAUCUGUAAAAACAUGGCUGUUUCUUCAGCUGCUUGGCUGACACCUACCUUCUCAGAUCUAUUUCAGACAUCAGACACUGGGACAUAAAGAUCUUCUAUCUUGUCACUCUUGGUCGUGUUUGCUCUUGGAUGUCAUGAAAAGACAAAUAUUGGCAUUUUAGUUUGUUUCACAAAUAUCAAAAUCUUUCUCAGAGUAGCUUUAAACAAGCACCUGAUAUACAAGGACAAAUAAAGUUACAACACCAACUUAAUAUUAUCUAUAAUCACAUCAUAAUGUCUUUUGUUGUCAUAAAGAAAUAGCAUCUUGGCAAAGUAUUCAAAGGACGUCAGCUCUCUGUGAGCUAAUAUACUUAAGCGAUUACGACCACAAUCACUUUAAAUUAUCUGAAUGCCAAAAUAAGAAAAAACAAAUUUCAACCCCAUUCCUUCAUCAUGCAUUCCUUUUUUCCCCUUUAAUAACAAACAGAAAAUAGUUUUGAAUUAGCUGUGUGCGUCAGGCCAGAUGUGGAGUAUGCUGUUUUUAAUUUUGAGUAAACCCUCAAUAGAUAAUUCAUUCAGGCUUUUUAAGCCUCGCUGUCUGAUUGGCUCUCUCCGCUCUGCUGCUCUUAAAUGUGAGUGCUCAUACUUGUAAUCAUCAUCAUGCUUGUUUCCGGACCGUAACGUCCUCUCUGGUCAUCACCUCAGGGAGGGACAUGGUCACAAAUUCCCUUUGUGACUUUUUAACGACCCUCGAGUGGACUGAGAGGCAGUUAGAAGACAGUAAGCUUGGAGCUAAGUGGUCUCUCAGUGGUCUGUUCUGCCUUUAAACUGUAUUUGAGAGAGAUUGAAGGCUCAGAGCUGGUUUGCGGGUUAAAUGGAUCAGAGUUCAUCAUAUCCUGAGUCCUGCUGGUCACUGGUGAGAUCACUGAAAGAGGACUUCUCUUUGUUUCUGAUGCUCUUCUCUUGAAGACUGAAAAGUCAAAUUCUUUGUAGGGCAGUGAACCUUGAGUGUAAUGUGACUGCAUCCUGUGACCUCCCUCUUUUUUAUCAACUGGAAAUUGGAUUAUUGGAUUAAUUGAGAUUGAUUUGAAUGGAUGAAGCUACAUCUAAAUCCCCAAACAUGACUCAAGCCUUGUAAAAUGUCCCUUUACCCCUCAAAUAAAGGGUCACAUGUCACUUGUAGGAAGGGUUACUAAGGGUCAGUGGAUUUGAAUUAAUCAUCUGUUAGUGAGGAAAAGUUCUUGAACUAUCUUAUCUGUCAAUCUAGUACAAAAGUACUGCAAGCAGCCGGCCAGUUUAGCUUCGCAAAGAGGCUGCAACAGGGGAAAAAAAUAGCUAUCCUGUUUCUUUCCUCUUUACAAAUCCUUGUACAGGGGUCAAACCUUGUAAAACGACAUUGUGUGUGUAACCAUUUCCUGGUGGGAUGCAGUGACUUCCUGAAGCUGUGCCAUUUUAAAGUGUGUUCAGACAGAAAGCAAAGAAAGCAUAUCCUCUCUGGAUAAUCCCUGCUAACUUUAACUUUUACCCAGUUUCAGUGAGUUGUUGAUCAUUGAAAUGUGUUCAGUUUCAGGUCAAAAUUAGGGGAAAAAAAUCUACUGAUCUUUAAAGCAAGGAUGCAUCAUAUCAGAUUUUUGCCAUCUGAUAAGCGGAUAUUUUCUAACUAAUAAGUGACAGUUCAAAAUGUAUAACAGUAUGAUUCAGAUUUCAACUCUAAAGUGUUUUGUCCAGAAGAGGAGAAGAAUAUACAUUUACGAUGGUUGUAUCAUGUUGAUUGUUGUUCGUGUCAUAACUUCGAGCAGAUUUGGAAAUUUUUGAGCUGACAGGAUGGGAAUUUUGUAUCUUCAUGUUGGGUCAUUUGCUCUCUUUUUGACAUCCAUCAUAAAUUGAAAUCAACUUUAGCUGAUUCACAUCCUGCCUUGACCUCUGUAAUCUUUAGAGCAUGAAAAUUUGUUUCACCCUUGGUCAUUACACAACAAAAAACUUCACUGCAGCCUGCCGAGAAAUAGUUAAGAACAAACUUUUAUUGUCUUGCGUAGGAAUAUUUCUUGGCUGAGGGACAACAUGUCCCAGGAGGUCCGUGCAACGUUGCCAAAAUACAGUCCAAAUCUUUUUUUUUUUCAAUGAUCUUGGUUGUGUGUUUUUUGAAAUGGCAGCGAGUUAAAUUGAGUUUCUAUUAGAUAGAAGGUCGGAUAAAGUUUUAAAGCUAAGCCAAAGUUAAGGUGUGUCAUCUGAAGUUUUACAAAAACCCUGAAGUCAUACGAUAACUGCUUCUAGUGGGUUACCGUUGUUUAAACAUCCCUCCAUGUCAGAUUAAUCUGUAAAGUUUCACAGUGUGCAGUCACAUUCAGGCUACAGACAGAAAUGAAGUGAUUCUGCAGACCGCAGCUCGAUCUGUCAGAGCUGUUGAAAUCCGGUCAAAGCAGGAUAGUAAUCAGGCUUUAAAUUAUGUGUUAGUGUGUUUGCGCAGUGAGAGAAGGAGACAGAAACUGUGGCUCUGUGUUGUGUCUGGCUGUGAGUCAGCCCUGACACCCUUUCUGUAUCCUUCAACUCCCUCCAUCCCUUCCUCCCCCUCCUCUCCCAGCACCAGCAUCGCACUGGCAGGAAAUGAGACAUGAGGCGCGCAACCCCGACCUUGGCUGGUGUGUGUAAAUCUCUGCAGGGUGAAGGGUGGUGAUUUGCCAUGGCUACUUCACAUUAACACACUUUUCAGACACACACACACACACGAUUAGAAAAAUAACCAAAAAGAGAGGAUUAAUGCAUCCUUGGAACGGCUAACUGGCCUGUUGUGGCUUUAACGUGUUUAUAGACCUUCAGUCAUGAUGUGUUUGUGGGUGUUGGGAGUGUGCCAGGCUGGGAGCACCAGGGAUCCUCCUAAAUGUCGUCUCUUGUUCAGUCCGUGUCUGAGUCUCCUUUCCUUGGAUGCCUACAGACUCACUCUGACUGAACUUCAGCUCAUUUUUGCUCUCUGAACACAGGAGGGGGGCUUCCAGUCAAUGAACCAGAAAGAUUUGGGACAUCCCCGGGCACAGUACUGUACACUAUCUCUACUGUCUGACCUCUUUUUUUACAGUCAGUGGAAACAGGAUUAUAUAUUCACAUGGUGACUGUGGAUGUCAAACUCUAAGGGGGAAUUCAAAUGUGGUAAUAAUGUGACACUGCUAUGUUCCAGUUUCUAACUUAGAUGAAUGUGGAGUAUUCAUGUUAUGGUUUAUAAUUCACAAGCAGGUCAAAAGCCAGCUAAAAAUGGACAUCUAGAGGCUGUAAGGGGCCGUAUUUCAAAUUAUUAUAGCAUCAUUGAUACCUGGAUGCUAUAUUUUUUUCAUAGCGUUUUUCCUUCAUCUCUGAUCGGCUUGAAGUGCUGGGCUCCAGUUGGUUAUUCCUUAUGGUUGGGAACGCCACUGUGAUAAUGUUCUGUAAUGUUCUGUUCGAUGUAGAUAGCCGACAGCCCGCGCUCGGCUUGAGUGCGUGAUGAUGUUUCCAGCUUUUCUAGCCAAUCAGAGACAAAGGAGGCGGGACCUUUCCCUACCAUCAUAUGAAAAAAAAAUAUCACCACCUGGACGGGGCGUGUCAAGAAGUUCUUGACUGAGGUGGCCUCAUAUGGGGCUCUAACUUAUCCACGCGGGGAUAACUUUUCUUUCUGUUUUUAAACUUCAUCUCUCACUCAGGUCAGAGUAUCAUACAGAUGCCAUAUUUCUGUGUUAAACUCUCUUAGUGUUCACCAAUUAGACUCAAAGGAAGUCCAUGCUGCCCCUGGCCACUGCACUAGAUGAACUUCAACCACCUGGUAGGGGUACAUGUGAUAUUGUGUGCCCAGUUUAAGUGGAAAAAGCCUUGUGUAACUGUCAACCAGUGAUAGUCAGCUCUGUUUCAGAGUCUGCUCAGUGUUAAAGUCAUCACAGUGUUAUAACCCUUCUUACAGUUAGCUUGGUGUGACAGUCAACUCAGUGUUACAGUCUGCUUAUUGUCCAGUGUGUAGGUUGGCUGACUGUUCUUGAGUUUGGAUCAGAACAAAGGCCGAUGAUCUGGCUCCCCAUUUGUGCCCCAGCUGGCUGCCUCCUCAUCCAGGCCUGCUGAACAAUAGGAGAAUAGGACACACACUCUCACACACACACACACACACACACACACCCUUGUCACAAUUGUGUGCCUUCACAGCAGACCUCCGUUGCUUGCUUGCAGUUACAGGGGCCAAGAAUCUGUGCCUGCCACCAUCAGGCUGGUGGGUGGGGUGGGCAGAAAGAUAGAGGGGUUGUUUUCACAUGUGUGUGUGAAUGUUUGGUGUGGUUUGGGUGGAUUCUGUUUGUGUGGUCUCUACUUCUUUUGGUGUGGUGCAUGUGGUGGGUGCUGAGCCUGUGUGCAAGUGCAGACCCUGUUUCUUCGUCUUACAUAGAUAUUAUGGGCCUCACAAUGUCAUCUGGACAAACAGACACACACACCCUCUCUCAGGGUCAUGGCUGAGGCCCUUCACGCCUCACUAUUUAAUCUCUAUCAGUUAAUUUUCCUGGUGUGUUUGUACCCACCAGUGUUUGUCUUUCCUUUAGAUAACUUUUGACCAGUCUAAGGUUUGUGUUACAAGUCAGCGUGUGUGUUCAUGUGUGUGUGUGUUUGCCUAAAAAGACGAGAUAAGCUCCCUCCUAUACACUGUCUGCCCAGUACAAGGGACCGAUACAAAAAUGGUACAUCCUUUGAAAUGUUCAGAUUUCAAAGACUUGCAUACAUUCAAAUGGCCUUAGUUGUUUAGAGAAUAUAUACAUUUAAAUGUUGAAUUUUAGUUUUUCCAACUUGCAGUGCAGCACUGAGAUUUUUUUUUGUCAAACUCUCACUCAUACAUUACAUUUCUUGAUUUGAUUUAAAAUCAUCUCCAUCAAAAGGUAAAGAUUUACAGUAUUGAGUAUGAGUCAUUUUAGAUGAAGCUUAAUCUAGUUACUACACAUACAGGGAACAGUUUAAAACAGUUACUGGGUAAUUUAUAUAUUUUAGGUGGAAGUCUAUCAAAUUCAUUGGAUUUGUAAUUAAUCAAAUACAGAAAUGACACAUUUUCUUCCGAUUCUCUGACUGGUCAGGUUGGUACCAGCUGUUCUCGUGGUCUGUUGUAGUUUGUUGUGAAUUUUAAAUGAUCCAAUAAAUGUUUUGUUGUCAGUCAAGCUUUUCUGUUUGGUUAAAUUCAUUUUCUGUUCAUAAUCUACAGUUUUUCUUUUUCAAAAUUAUCUUUAUUUGUUGAUUAAUGUCAAAGAGAAGUCAGCUAGCUGAGGUGACUAACUUCAUAGUCAUCUGAAUGCAAAUUUAAAUUCUAACUAAUUGGCAACUGUAAAGGAAAGAGGACUUUUUGAAAACAGUUUGAAUUAGUACAGAUCAACAGGUAGAAGCCAUUAGCCUACUCUGUCAACUAGUGGUGGGUGGUUGUGAUUAGGGCUGGGCGAUAUGGGAAAAAAAUUAUCACAAUACUUUUUUUUCAUAUCAGUCGAUAUCGAUAUAUAUCACGAUAUAAAAAAUUCAAUUUUAACAGUGCUUACUGGUAGCAUGUCUUGUGCAAUACAAUAAUCUACUGCAUCUGUGAGGUCUUUGUGUCUUUUUGACGUUUUGUUGUAAGGCAUUGUGCUACAGAAAGCGGACUGAAUGGUCGGCUGUUUCAGCUGCACAGGUGUCUUGGGCUCCUUGCUGCGCUUGGGGUUUGUAACCCUUAGCGUUGCGCGUGCUCAGCGGCGUAGUGCUGCCUCAGGUGGUGAAAAAGAUUUGAAGUAUUCCCCGACUUUACGAGAACAUGUACUUGACAUAAUUUGCAGUACACAUUACUCUGCUUCAUGUCCGACCUCAAAAAAACUAAAUACCUCCACACCACCAACGUUUUCGUGCCAGUGUUGUCGACAAUGUAGUAAUCUGUUGAGCCUUCAUCGUCAUUUCUGCUGGGAGUUGCACUCACAACUCCCCUUUUCAUUGGCUAUUUGUAUAGUCUACCAAAACAUAAUAGAAUGCCGACUAUCGAAAAGCAUAUUGACCAUGUUUUAUAUUGAUAUCGAGGGAAAUUAAUUUUCGAUUUAUAUCUUAUCGUUUUAUCGCCCUAGUUGUGAUACAACAUAUGAUCAGAAUUUCAAAGCUACACUAAUAAAAGUGAUUAGAAUUGGUUUGAGAAAUUCUGGUGAAAACAUCCUUCAGGCAGCAUUAAAACUACAAUUACCUUUUUGUUUUCUGAACUUCUCUUAUAACAUCGAUUAAUGAGCUUGAUUUCCUCAGACUGAGUAAGCUAACACAUGCAGUAAGUGGGACAGGGAUCUCUCUGUCAGCUCAUGUUGUGAAGAAACAUGCAGCAGCUGUUAAACACAGUUAUAGAUGGACUUUCCCAGCUACUGUGCUGAGUGUCUGUGUCGGCCAAACAGGAAAGAGAGGAGAUUAGAGAGGGUCAGUGAUGUGACUGAUGAUCAUGGAGGCGAGCAGAGUCUCACCCUCUUUACUCCUCGUAUUUCUUUCCUUACUGCUCUCUUCUAACGUGAUCAUUUAGACCCUCCCUGUCUGUUUCAGAUAAAUAUACAGUUCAUCUUCUCUGCCCCCCCUCCGCACCAUGUGUUACCCAUUACAGCUUUAUAUUUUCCUCCUCAGUCAUCUGUGUGUGUGUGUGUGUGUGUGUGUGUGUGUGUGUGUGUGUGUGUCGCAGAUAUAACCACAUGUUUCUGUGGAGACCUGAUCUGUCUAGAGACCAAAGUUCUCAGCUCGACUUUGGGAGUCAAGUUAUUAGUUCCUUCAUCACCAAAUUAUGACGACACCACAGUUUUCAGCUGCUAGAUAUAUUUCAGGGAUGAUGGUGUCGAUCCUGUGGUUAGAAAGUAUGUGUUAAGAGAAAAAGACAAGAAAAUGUAAAGUAGUAAUGUAGUGUAUGUGGGUGGUUGUGUAAAUUUGAAUCCUGACAAGGUGAGACAAGAGCCUGACUUGAAACUUUUACCAUGACUGCUACAUGUUGCUGAGUAGAGAUCAGUAACUCUCUCAUCAGCUCUGCAGCUGUUGCAUGGUUUGCAGGACAGGAUGUGGCUCAGCUUUUUCUUUGUCAGACAUAAUGUCGAGUAGCUCUUGACCAUCUGAGCCUGCUAAUUGGCAUUUUUUCCCCCAAAUUCAAUGCAAGCCUGAGCCUUAAAGUACCAUUUUUGCCACAGUGUCAACAAGCAGAGUUAAUAUUCACACAACCCAUUUCUUUGGAUGAAUUUGAUGAGACCUGUGACAACUCAUGACCUUUGUUAUGGAGUUUCAUCUCUGACUACUCUGAUAAUCCAGUACAAACUACUGCAGGAGCCUAACGCUAAUAUUGAAAAGAGUGAACCACUUUACGCAAAAAGUAAAUAAAAGGGAAAAUGAUCAGCUUUCAAUUUUUUUAUCAAGGCAAAAAGGAAAUAUUCCACUCACAUGCUUAAAAAAAAGCAUCUGAACUGUUACUUUAACCAUCUGAGCCCACCCUCUAAUGAUAUGAAGUGGACCUGAUUCGGUAGACGUGCAGCUUGGCAUGGUUUGCAACUCAUUCAUAUUACACUUACAACCCAAAUUUCAAUGCUAUCUAGCCUUGUACUAAAACAUAAAUUUUACUCCUUUUCCAGUGAUGGGUGUUACUUUUUACACAGCUUUGUUGCCUUGAAACAUUUAAAAGAUUAUGCCUUCGCUGAAAAACUGUCUAAGGUGCCUACUUAGCUCCUCAUUUAGCCACGUAUUGCAGUGUCACUUUGGGUUUGUGGUUAUGAGCUUUUAUGUAAGGUCUUCAAAGAUGAAUCAGCCCCAGGUCCCAGGAACAGUCAUGACACAAAUCCGGCUCGUACUGGCCUUUGUUUACAGAGUAGUCAUCAGUGAAGUUAGGAGGACAAACAGCUAUGUUGUGGCUGUUGUCCCAAAUACAUGAACACCUCCUGCUGUUUUCUGCUGUCUUCAUCUUUGGGAGAAGAAAAUAGCUGUGAAUCUCUUUCAGUAACCUUCUGGGACAGACUGAAUCAACAAAGUAGAGAAAACAGGAAAAUGCUUAGUGGUGAAUCUAGCUUUAACCUGACAUCAGCCUGUGGCCAUGUCUUGAAACAAGCUGGACAGAGAUCCUGUAAAACAUGUCCAGGUUUAGUCUGUUAAGGUUUAUUAUGUAAAAGAAUACCGAUCAGCACGAGAGGUCCCCCUCUGUGACACUUUUUUUCUUAAUCCUGGAGGUGGAUGUAGUCACCGAUGAAGAAAAUAUGACGACAUGACUGUUUUCAGUGUGUUGUGUGUGUUUUUACCAAAAUCAACAUUAGGGCACCACAAGUUAUAGUUUGUCUGAAGCAACCAGACUGGAUUGUGGCCCUCCUGACCCAUUUACCCCAAUAAAUCAGAAAAUGAAAAACCACAUGAGAUAAAUUAAACCAGGGAGAGAAAACAAAGAAGACCCUCUCUUGCGUUCCUCGUCGCCUUUGGCAAAACAGAAUAAUAACUUUUAUAUAGUCUCCGCAACGUCCAAAUAUGAAGCACAUGAUAUUGUUUUUCUUACUGAGAGCAUUGAGGGCAGCAUGCGUGCUGCAGCCAGCUUUAAGACAUAAAAACAUGUUUGAAACAAAAGGGCAGAAAGUGGGGGAGGGGUCACAAAUGAAGAGAGACGAAUGGAGAACACAUGAGGGUGUUGGUGUGGUGGCCUCUCUCAUUCUGCACACAUUUACACAGCAGACCAGCAGACAGUCCAUCUCUCUGUCUAUCAGCCCCACGGCUAUAGGUCGGCUGCACGCCAUGACAUCAUCAUAUACAAUAGCACUUAUUGUGCUUUAUGAAGAGUGUGAGGGCAGCGGUCCACUGCAGGUCUCCCUGUGUCUUCAUCCCACAGUUGACUCAUGUUUGUUUACCUCUUUGUUGCUCUGAAGUGCCUCAGUGAUGGCUGAUGGGAUUUUAAUGAGGUCUGUACACACAUGGCGGGUGUGUAGUGUGUGCGUAUGGUGAAACACAAACACACACCGGCGCCAGAUUUAGUAUAAGUAGCAAACACUGCAACUAAAGUAUACUCUCUAUAGCGAUCAAUACUUCUGAUACACAUUUUGAUCUAUCAGGUAAACUUUAAUUUAAGACCAGCUUCCUGCCAAACAUUCCCAUCAGCCUCAGCUGUCCCUCUGUGGUAUUGAUUUAUGUUGCUUGCUAUCAUUCAAAGUUAAAAUGGUUUAGAUAAUGGCAAAUGGUAGACGCAGUCACCAUGAGAUCAUCCGCUUAUUUGCCAAAUACCGGGAAGACAUGUUUAGUCGGCCAAAUGUCGUCACCCAUAUUGGUCAGCACCAGAAUUAACACUCAGUUAAACAAACUUGUUUAUAUACAGCAUAUUUAUUAUUGCAGAAUUAAGUCGCUACCACAAGUCAAAACUGUCACUCUGGCUAAUGUCUACGACCAUAAUGCUACAAUGCUCUACUACCAGGAUGUACACAGGCACAGAUGACAGAGGGCUUCAUGUGGAUGCAAACCUGCUGUGGCUUUGGUUCUCAAAACUGCAGGUUGCUGCUCGGGUAUGUAGUAAAGUUGUCAAUCUACAGACAAGCUAAGCAUCAUAUUGACUUUUCUGUCUUGUGAUUGGCUGCUGAACUCUGACACAGGAGAGUUUUGCUUGCGUGUUAUCUGAGCCCGAAUAUAGUCUGUGGCUCUUUGGUUAAAGAGCGUCGCAGCUGAAAGACCCUGAAAGCAAAAUUACAGGCAACAAGAACCAUCCAAUCACAGCUAAGUUACAACAGCCAAUCGCAGAGCAGGAAGGAAAGAUCAGACAUUGCACAUUUAUGGGAACAUUUCUAGCAAGGGCAAGAUUAGCUAGACUAAUACUGAAUAAAUGUCCUCAAACACUGAUCGUCAAAACAGAUAAAUGCUCUUCAGACUAAGUGUGACGGCAUCAGCGUGGAUAACAGACGUCAGUGAGGAGUCCUUGUGGUCUUCUCUCUGUGUUUAGUGACCAUCACCCCUGAUGACUAAUCCUCCCAACUAUAGAGGGGUCUGUCUGGGUUGCAGCAGAUGUGUUUGUGGUCACUGGUUUGUGUGUGUGUGUUUGUGCAGCUGUAUGAAAUCCUUCACUAAUCCAGCCCGACUGAUGUUGCUCAUUUAGCUCAUCUGAUCCUGACCAGAGGAUGUGUGUGUGUGUGUGUGUGUGUGUGUGUGUGUGUGUGUGUGUGUGUGUGUGUGUGUGUGGGGGGUUUAUGCGUGAUUAUUGGCUAUUAUUAGUCAUCAUGUGCAGCUGCUGUUCACAGACAUAAUGACCCACUAACUGACUGACCCACCAGCCUGUGUCUAAACCAAACUCCUCCUCUCUGUCUGACCUCAUCCCCAGGUAUGGACCUGUCAGCCAAUCAGGACGAAGAGGGAGACCAGGAAGUGUUCCAGGUGGAAAUUUGUCGUGAAAAUAGAAAGUGUGCUUUCCGGACUGCGGCUGGAAAAUACUGGACCCUGACUGCCAAUGGCGGCCUGCAGUGCACCGCCUCCACCAAGUGAGAAUGACACACAAGUCUACGACUUCUCUGCUACAUUACUGUCAACACUCCAAGAUACAUCAGGUUCUCUUUAAGACCAGGACUGAGAUUUAUGUCAGCACAUCAAAGCAGGACCAGACAGUCAUCUGGCUACCUUGUACAUACCUGCUUUAGUCAGUCCACUCAGAGGUAGCGAGUGUGCGGUGUGUGGUCGUAUGUGUGUGUUUAGGCGUUGCACAGUGUGUAGUCUGUAGUCAUGUUGUCUCUUGACUGAGCUCCAUUGUGUUUCAUCUCAUGCUGUAGGAAGGGACUUUCUUUUAUGUGCAGUGUGUGGCCCAGUCACUGUGCAGGCUGUAAACCCCUGACUCUUGACCUUUGACCUUUGACUCUUUGCUCCUGGAUGAUUUCCUCUUGAUGCUCCUGAACUGUUUUAAAGAGGCUCAGAUUUUCCCUGCCAGUCUUGAGAGGAAAGAGCAGCAGUGUACAACUGUGUGCUGAAUAUUAACACAAGCGUACUCUCUAGUCAGAUGUUGAAUCGGUUUUGUUGGUUUAGUUUGAUUCUGUUUCUCAUUUCUAGUUUCUCUGAGUGAUAUUGGCCAAUCAGGUCCAUGCAGGAAGAAUACUUGCAGACCAUUUAUAAAUGAGAGCUCGAACGUCUAUUCAAUGCACAAAUAUUUCUAAGGUUGUUGUCUUUAUUCCAUGAGGACAGACCUAACAAAGCCUGAUUUUUUUAUUGAACCACUUUGCGACAUCUAAGCGAGCACUAACCAGAGUUUCAACUAUAAGGUUUAAAUUUUGAUAACUUGUUCUGUUAAGUGCCUAAAGAGAAGACAGAGGUGAUUAUUUUGACAGCGUUGCCCAAAAGCAAUUCUCCAGGAUUCGUAACCCCUCUAUGUGAAGUUCUUUCACACACAUGCAAGUAUAAUAUAGUAAUAUAUUUUAUUAAUAUUGCACUUUACAUCAGAGAAAACAAAUCUCAAAGUGCAUACAGCGAAAGGCAAUAGUAAAAACAACAAAUAAAAAUAACAAUAGUGAAAGGCAAUAAUAAAAACAAACAAUAAAAAAAACAACAGUCAGAAUAUAAAAUCAGCCCGGAAAGCCUUUUCUAAAAAGGAAGGUCUUAAGUCCUUUUUUAAAAGCAUCCACCGUCUGUGGCGCUCUGAGGUGGUCAGGAAGGGCGUUCCACAGACGGCGAGCUGUAGCCUCAAAGGCCCUGUCACCCAUGGUCUUGAGCCGAGUCUUGAGUGGGUGCAGACGGUGCAUUUGGCCUGACCAGGUUCUGGCUGAGGUGUGUGGGGUGAGGAGUUCAGCGAGGUAAGUGGGGGCAGCACCGUGAAGAGAGUGAUGGGUGUGGAGGAGGAUUUUGAAUUCGAUGUGAAGUUGGACGGGGAGCUAGAGCAGAGUGCAAAGGAUGGGGAUGAUGUGCUGGCAGUGCUGUUUUGAGCAUAUUGCCAGGGAUCCCGGUGAGGAGUGUGUUGCAGUAGUCAAGCCUGGAGGAAACAAAGGAGUGGACAAGCCUCUAUGUAGCAGAGCAGGAGGAGAGAGAUGGACGGAGUUUGGCAGUGUUACGGAGGUUAAAGAAGGAGGUUUUGCAGACAUGAUUGCUGUGGGUGUCAAAGCUAAGAUAGGGGUCAAACCUGACUCCAAAAUUAGUCACAGAAGGGGAGCUUUAUUGUUCUUUACUGUACAAUUAUACAAAGCUGCUCAAGCCCUGGCAUAUAGGCUUUGAAUCUAAAAGUGCUACCAGUGUUUAUUAAUAAGUAAUAACCGCAUCUAUAUUCCAAAUCCUGGAGGCUGACAGCAAGGAGUGAUUGCCUCGGUUGUCAGAUCUUCCAAAUAAGUUUUGUGCUACUGACUGUGAUAUACCCUGCCCAAUCUCAGUCAUUUUAGCCACCGCAGUCAUUUAAAAACACCUAUGGUCAAAAUGUUGUUCACAGGGAGCACUCUAUAGACAUGUGUUUGAAGAUUAGAGGACAAUUGGCAUGAAUCAAUGUUCCCAAAUCGAUGGAAAACAAUACUUUGGACCAUUUUUCUGUAUUUUCAACAUCUUCAGAAAAUGAGUUUCUGCUGAGGUAAGCCAAAGUAAAGCCUCUGUUUAACUUAGUGUUUACAUUGAAACUGAGACUCGCCAUGAAGGAAUGUACCGGCACUUCUGUCUGGGAUUUAAUGAGCCAAGUAAUGACAUGUUUAUUUUGCAGACAGUCCUCUUUUGAUGUGAAGACACGGACACCUCUUGGGUUGCUAACUGGACUGUAAACAAUGCAGCACACAGGAAAGGGAGUCUUGGCAGAGGGCCGUUCAUUGUUAGCUUAAAUUACUGUGAAAUUCACUGACACUCCCAAAGAGGAGAGCACUGCCAAAUGAUAGGGGAUGGGUUCAGAGAUAAUGACAAAGACAGAGAAGGUAUAAGAACACAAAAUAUAUCUGUGCCAGUAUCAAACUGGUCUGAAAAUGUGUCCUGAGUUCAGUUUGAGGUUUUAUCACUUGAGUAUUUGCCGAUUAUUCUGAGCAACUGAUUCGUUGUGGAGAUCUCUGCAGAGAGUAGAACAAAUUCCUCUCUCACAUUCCUGACAUUUGACUCCGUGCCGAUUAGACCACAAAAAUCUAUCCUCCUGCAAGGUUCCUGUGAGAAUGUAUCUGAGCUUUCUCUGAUUUAUAACAUAGGAAACUGGUUCAGUUGGUCUCUGGAUGUGACAUCUGUGCAGGAGAGUAAAAGAAAGUUUAGAAGCUCACUACAGACCAGAAGUGAAGCUUAUUCCCCACUUAUACUAACUUCACUUUAAUCCAGCAGGAUAAAGGUUUCUGAGUUACAGGAGCGCUAAACAUGUCUUUGUGUUCACACCUCACACUCACCUGAGAGUACUGCAUCUAUCAGCCAUGUAAACCUAAUCACCGUCUUCUCCCUCUCUCUUUCUCUCCCUCUCUUUCUGUCUGCAGGUCAGCUAACUGUUACUUUGACAUCGAGUGGCGUGGGAAGAGGCUGACUCUCCGGGCUGCGAACGGGAAAUAUGUCGCCGCCAAGAAAAACGGCCAGCUCGCAGCCACCAUUGAUUCAGCCGGUCAGUGAGAUUUGUUGAUUCAGCCUCUUAGACAAUGACGUGUAGAUAAGUGAUUUAUCUCUCAGCAGAGAGGACGAGGGUUCAGCGUGGUUAGCGUACAGGAAUGAAACAGGCUGGGGUUUCCAGAUGUUUGCAGAGACUUUUCUGUUUCGUAACAUUUGAAUAAAUCUUUUUAUGAAGUCUUUUCUGUUUGUUCCUUUGCCAUGUCAAGUCUAAUGAUGGAGAUUUUGAGUUGAGUGCCUAGUAUUUGGUGUAAAAGCAGUGGUUGAAAGGCAAGAAAGUACACAUGUAAUUGAAAUAUACAGUGACCUUGGUGUUGGCGGAUUUCAACAGCCAAUGCUAAUGUCAAGCGAGCACAUUGGCUGAUGGCUGAUCCAUAUAUGCAGGUGAUCACUUUCUUGUUUGAUAGAGGUCUUAACAAUCCCAUUAUCCUACACACAUCACAGUCUAAUAUUCAAAGCUGACUCAGCCAGGUACAUGAUUUAAAUGGAUUUUUUUAACUACCGUAAUGACCAUAAUAGACAUUUAUUUUCCUUCAAAAUAGACCUUAAAAAAGUGUGGUUUAUUUUAGUAACUAACAGGGAUGAUUCUGUUGAAACAUGUUGUUCAGUUUAUGAUAUCAGCUCUGAAAAUAGAAUGGUAAUACAUAGCAACAUACUGUAAAAUCCACUCACUUUGUGAGACAGUCAGCUUCAAGGGGUCAGACUUGAUGUUCUCUACAGAAAAAAGUGUAUUUUCAGAGGCUGCCCAGACCUCACAAAACAAAAAUAAUCUGUGAUGAUUCUUGUUGUAGUUUUAGUAAAAAAGUGUCAUUUGUAUUAUUAGCUGAUGAUGAAGGCUGACAUCUUAAAUUGUUGUGUCGACCAUUUAGUCCAGCGCAGCCUGAGACUAACAUUACAGCCUGCUCACAGCACAGAAAUACAAAAGAUAUCACUGUUUUUACUGGAUUCAUCCUACUCUGCUUAUUCUAGUGUCAGUAGAUCUGUUCUCUUUCUUUGUACCAAGACCUGGGCGCUUUAUUCACAUGUGAUCAUCUUUUAUUUCAUUUCACUGUGAGGAUUUCAUAUUAAGACUUUGAAAACACAAUUUUAUUGAUGCCAGUUUAUCAUUAUUUUAAUUCACAUUGUUUUCUAUGUAAAAAAAAAAAGAGGGAGUUGAUGUAACAGGAAAAAACAUUUGCUUAUGGAUCAAAUCUUUAGAUCAUAUGGAUACAUACUUAAUUUAGAUCUUCAGCAGCAUUUAAGACAGAAGCAAUAGAGUACUGCAUUGAAACCUUUUUUCCAGGGUGUGAGUGAGUUUGAAUAAGAGCACAGGACUGUAAUCAAACUUUUUUCACCCUUUUCACAAAAUUAUCUUUAAGUAUAUUUCCAUACAAAUAUCAUAUCAUAAAUUAGAAGGUGCUUUCAUUGAAGUAAGGCUGUCUGAUCCCCCUGUUUCCAGUCUGUAUGCUGAGCAUACCUAACCUCCCCUCUUGUGAGGCCUCAUAUGUGACGGUGAUCAGAUUUAAAUCAGGUAUUUAACUUUAUCAUGAACCCAAAGCAGGAAAAUAUUUUUCUGUCCUUUAUCAUCCUUGCCUCACUCACAAACAGCUCACAGAUGUUGCAGGGAAGUAUCGCGGAGGCUUUGUUCGUAGUUUGUCUAUAAAAGCCGAGUUUUUCUUAGCUGAGAGACAGAGGCAUCAUGUCAGCAGAUCAGAAGAAGCUCGGGUUAUAAAUCUGCUUCUUUGUGCUGCUUAAAGUGGAUCAAAGCUGCAGGUCCUACUUUGUGCUGCAGUUUCUGAUGAGUGAGCUGUCGGCUGUCACAGAGCGCUUUUUAAGGAUGAAGUGAAGCCGAGUAGCUUUGCAUACAUAUUUAAUGAGAUAAACUGAAACACUGAGCUGAUCAUGAUGCGACCUGACAGCGGUGGUGUUCUUACAUUUCAGAGUUUAGAGCAAAGCUGUGUGAAAAUAUGUUUUUCUUCGAACUUGUUUUUCUUUUAAGCAUACCAGGAAAUGAAGGGUUUAAAGUCGACAUGAUAACACCUGAUCAUCCUCUGCCUCUUUCCAGGUGAGUCCGAGGAGUUCCUCAUGAAGCUGAUUAACCGCCCCAUCAUCGUCCUGCGCGGCGAGCACGGUUUCAUCGGCUGCAGGAAGGUGACAGGCACGCUGGACUCCAACCGCUCCUCCUAUGACUACUUCACCCUGGAGUUCAGAGACGGAGCGUACAGCCUGCAAGGUCAGAGCAUCAGCAGAUAUACUGGUCAAUGUGGGACACAGAGAGACACACACACACGCAGCAGCUGCUUUACACAGAGCAUGUGAAAGGACGUCCUGCAGGCACAUAAGGGAUUAAAUCAUUUUCUCUUUAAGGGAUUCACAUCAUGGAUUUACUCCCUAGGCUUUUGUGCCAAAAAGAAGGAUUAAAUCCGGAUAAAUUCUCCGCCCUCUCAUUAUGUCAUUCACACACAAAACAAUUAAGCCUUUUGUUUCCCUUCAGUUUUUCUCACCCUUUCCAUGUUCCCAUGUGCUUUUCUAUAUAAUUUCCUGUACAAAACUGAAGUCUGUUUUCCAAAAUAGGUGACACAAAGCCCAAAAAUGGCAGUCAAAAAUGCUGACUCAACCUAAUAUUGGGCUAAAAACAGACAAAUAGAGAGCCGAAUGAACCCGAACUGCAAGCAACAAUGCACAUACCUGACAGCCACGGCCACAAUUAUGCAUAACUCUGUGCCUCUAUGUGAUAAAAAUGAAGGAGUUUUAGAAAAUCUGUGAUAAAUUACAGUUGCCAUAAUUUAUCUUUGCAAUGUUGUUUUUGUACAUGGGCUAGCAUUAGCAUAAUGAACUAAACAAAAAGGACUUGAAAUAUACAGGCGUGUAAGAAUGGACAUGACCCCAUCAUCACCGUGAACCUAUUUAACUAACAGUCAGUGCAUUUACAUCAUAGACUGUAUAUAGAAUGGACAGAGUCUGCCUCCUCGCUGGGUGAAGCCACUCCGAGAACAGCACCCCCUGUUGACGGGCUGCAGUAUAGGUCAUAAAUCCCGAUGUUGACAUGUAGUUAUUAUAAGACUGGUUUGUGCUCAAGUCCUCUUUUUUCUGUACAGCUCCAUUUUCAAAAGUUAUUUGGGGGUUCAUGUUUUCUAUGAUUGACACCUGAUACAGCCUAUAGGCGUACAAAGAUUGCGUAGCUCACCAGGGGGAUACGCUGUUUGAGCCGAGCGUCAUCACAGCAACUCUCAGUGACUCUCCCGCCAAAUGCGUACAACACUAUUGCGCAAUGUUGGUUUCAGGAAGUCAAGAAAAAUGCGGAAAUACCGAGAGGUUUUCGGCUUCAAAUCCGUAUACUGGCGGUAGGCGGAACCAAGUUGUCUAUAGUAUAUACAGUCUAUGAUUUACUUGCUUGUUUAAGUCCAGCUAUGGUAACCACACUAACCAGACUACGGCCCUUACAGACUCCUUGCUGUACAGACUGCCUCUAGUGGACACUUGGAGAACUGCAGUUUUCAGCAUUACCACCCGAUUGUUGCACAUUCACAACAAAAUCUCCCCUCAGCCUUAAACGUGUCUGAUCGCUCUUUUGCAGACUCCACUGGGAAAUACUGGAUGAUCGGGAAUGAGCAGUCCGUGGUGAGCAGUAGCGACACACCCGUUGACUUCCUGUUUGAGUUCUGCGACUACAACAAGCUUGCUGUGCGCCACGCUGCCGACAACAAGUACCUUCGCGGCGACCAUGCCGGCGUGCUCAAGGCCAAUGCGGAUGACCUGGAGAGCGCCACACUCUGGGAGUACUGAGGGAUCUGCUGUGAUGCUGAUGGAUGAAGAGUGACCACGCAGCACCACCCAUCCUUACAUCUACUUACCCCGCCCCCUUGUUCUUUAUAUUAUAUCCGUAUGUAUGACUUUAUAUGUUGAUGAACUGCACAGAGAGAAAAGGAAGGAUAAGAGAAGAAGGAAGGAGACACUCCCUUUCCUUCCCUUCAUCCUUCCUUCCUCCUCGUUCCAAGCUCUGCUCUGCAUUGCCGACCUUUAUCUGUUGCCAUAGUUACCACGGGGCUGUGCACUUUUUUUUCCUGCUCCGAUCUGGUUUGCUGCUCGACCUGUCACUCACUCCUUCUUCCUCGCCUUACAUUUGAUCAUCCCUCUUCUGAGCGGAGCAGAGCCACAUUUAAAGACCCUCCCCCGGCCCCCCCGACCUCUGAGUUUAACCCUUCGAUGUCUCUGUUGUCUGUGUGCGCAGCUCAUGAUGGCGGCAUUAUUGCCUCUGAGCUGGUCUGGUGAAUCUAUUUCUACCUGAUCUGGUCCACAAAAACAGGAUCCACCUCCUCCAGAAAUCCUGCUGCAGCUGCUUCCUGGCAGCUGGACGGAGAAGACGGAGGAAGUGCUGAUAUUUGUGUGUUUGGAUCAGGUAGAAACAGAUUAUCUGCUCGGUGUGUUUGUUUUCUUGAGCGGGCCCUUUCGCCUUGUGUGAUAUAACUGGAGUUUAUCUGAUCAUGAUGAUGAUGAAGAAGAUGAUGUACCUGAAGGGUGUGAUCCCCUUACCUCUCCCCUCGCCCCUGUUUUUCAUCUCGACUGUAAAAUAUUCUAGUGUUAAACCCUGUGUUGUUCUCUAGCCGUGUUCUCAGUGGUGGAGGAGGAAGUUAAAACACACGUCCCCCUCGUCUCCUCUCCGUCUGUCCUGAGAACACUCUGAAGAAAUAAAAUAGAAAUUGUGCGGACACAGAUGUAAACUGCACAUGCCUGUCUUACUGGAAGAAAAAAAAAACACACUUGCUAAAACACAUUUGGAUGAAUUUGUUUUUUUUUUUAUGUCCAAGGCACAGACAUUAUCAUGAGGGGACGUUCAGUAGGUAGGUUUGAUUUCUAGACCUUUGACAGCUGCUUUUAGACUCCCUCGACCAAACGUUUACACCUCAGCCUUUAUGUAGACCAAACCUUUGAUAUACUGGAUUAACACUGUCAUCUCAAACACGAAUACACACACUAACACACAACCCGCCAAACUGGAAUCUGGUGCUACUAACCCGCUUUAACAACUAAUGGCGUGUGAAACGUGACAGUCCUGUUGAACAUCUUUCACACUGUCCAGACCCACUGAUACUCUGCUAUGAUUUAUUUCAUGCUUUAUUUUUUUGCUCAGUUAAAAAUGUUCCUCAUUUGCCAAAUUUAAACUUUUCUCCUUUUUUUUCUCUCCUUGUUCUUUUUCCACUUUUCUAGUUUUUUUUAAUGAUGUUUUUAACUUGACAGUUUUUUCUCAUGCUGUAUUUUCCUUCUUGUUUUUUCCUCUUGUCUUUUUCCAUGUUUCUUUUUCUUUGUUUGUUUUUCUAGUUUUUUUAACCUUCACCUUUUGCUCUGUUUGUUUUUCCAUUUCUUCUCGUUAGUUUCUAUCAUCUUUUUCCCUUGGCCUUGUUUUUGUUUUCUUUUUCCCUUUUUAUUUUUCUUUCCCCUUUUUCUUGUUUCUUUCUUUGUUAUUUUUUAUGUUUUAUGCUUACUUUUACCACCCUUCAAUCAGCAAAAUCUGCCUCUUCUUCUUUGGUUUUAAUUUCUGUUUGAACUCUGAUGUGAGCCCCUCACGAAGAAUCGUGAUGAAAUUGUGAGUUUUUGUUAUAAUUUUUUCUCCUGAUUUGUCGGUGAAGUCGUGACACAUUUAAAAAGAAGAAAAGAGAAUAGAUUCAGAUGCUGAAUUUGUGGUAACUGUAAUGUUAAUGUGCGUCAUGCAGUCAUGUAGCAUGGUGCACCCAUGGCUCCUCACUCUUGGACUCUCUGUAACAAAGAAACCAGCAGCAGCAGUUUCUCUUCGCUGAUUCUCACAGCACAAAGAUAUCUCGACUCUGAGCCUUGAGCUAUAAGGCUCCUUCACUCACGUUCAACCUCAUCCAUCAUUCCUCUGAUGAGAAAAUCAGUAUUUGACCAAUUCAAUCAUUGUAGCUCGAUAAUACGUGAUUGUAGCCUGCUCCUCAAAGUCCGUCCAGUUUCCUCACCUGAUUCUGACCAUUUUUGCAUGAAGGGUUGAGAAGCAAAUAAAAGAGGUGAUUAUUCUUGGAGUAGAAAACAGCGUCUCCAUGGUAACUGAUGCUGAGACAAACGGAUGUGGAGGGUAAACAUGUGGUAAUGACUGUGCCUUACUCACGAGUUUAUGGGCAGAAAAUUAGAUGAUAAGAUCCACAUCUUUGCUUUGUAUAACUGGAACUUCUUUUUGUAUUAUUAUUUUGUAUAAUUUUUUUGAUAUUGUGGAUUAAUCUCUCUCGUGCCAUUGGUUCACCUGAAAAUCCAACGACCAAUAAAACUGGGAUUUGGAACGCAGCGUGUCUUUUUCAUUUCACCGGAUAAAUGAAACCUUGAUUUUUAACCUGGUCAGCUGAAAGGACAAACUUAAAUUAAAAAAGUAUAUCCCAAUCCACAAAGUUUGGUUGCUGUGGCGAGUUUUGACCAGAGAUGGAGGUAAGAUUCAACUUUUUUAAAAUCAUGAGUUUUUGUUUGAUUUCAUUUUGUUUAACUCUUGAUGCUGGAUGCUAGUUUUUAAAGUGUUUUUCUUGUAGUCACCUGGUUGGCCUG